GAAUCGAGCAUGAUUCGCCACUUAUCAUUUACUGGUGCAGUUACAGCUUGUCUGCUAACCUUGGCCAGAACACUCCGGGGCUGGCUUUAGGCUGCAGCCUCCAGUUCUACAGUUGGGUAGGCAGGUACCUAUCUGGCACAGUACAGAUUCCGUCCCAGACCCUGCUGUCUGAACUCUUUAUUCUCCUCUCGUCAACUUUUAUACCUUGUCUCCUCUAUCGACUCCUCGCUUCCAGAGCACAAAAAUUUGGUUGCGUGCCCGUUGGAAGCUAUGGCGCCCAAGAGAAAAGCUCCUGCGAACGUCACCGGUGCUGCCAAGUCCGGGAGGGCGUCUGCCUCCUCAACACCAGGCCCCUCUACGCCUCGGGAUAUCGAUAGUGAAGAUGAACCCGAUUCUCCCAUAGAGCCCGCCGAAGACGAGGAGAAUAUACAGAAGGCAGUUGAUCGUUUUACACUAGCCGCAUACCAGGACAAAACCAGGCGCGGCCCUAUUGAUAGUGCCUCACGAUACUUCGGCGAUAACGGCAAACGUGACUUCUCUUACCUGCCUCUCAAACCUGAUUACAAGAGUCGCCCGAUAUGGAUCGAUCCGCUACGUGGUCGAAUUAUCCUCGAGAAUUUCAACCCAAUCGCGGAGCAAGCUAAGGAUUUCCUUAUCACCAUCGCCGAGCCGAUAUCACGCCCGACCUUUUUACACGAAUAUUCCUUGACACCACAUAGUCUUUACGCCGCGGUCUCUGUUGGGCUGCUACCUCAAGACAUUGUUAACACCCUCGACCGUUUCUCCAAAACCCCACUACCUUCAUCGAUUAUAGGCUUUAUCCGAAGCUGCGCCUCUAGCUAUGGGAAGGUAAAAUUGGUCAUCAAGGACACCAAAUACUUUGUGGAAAGCAAUGAUCCGGAAGUACUGCAAAAGCUUCUCAAAGAUCCUAUAAUUGGCCCGUGCCGAGUUCAAGGGACAGAUACAGUCACUAAUGCCCCAUCCAUGGGUGGCCUCGUUAUCCCCGGUACUUCCAACGCGGCUGGUGUCAAACAAGCCCAACUGCAACAAGGUGAACCGCCAGAAAAUGCCGAAAAGCCACAAGUAGAAAAUCCAUUCGACGCUUUACGGGAGGAUGACGAUGAUGAUAACCAGGAAGCUGUACAUGCUUUUGAGAUUCCCGACACAAGCGUGGAGACGGUCCAGAAGCGUUGCCUUGAGAUUCAGUUUCCUAUGCUUGAAGAGUACGACUUUCGGAACGAUGACCGAAACGCUAAUUUGGAGAUUGAUCUUCGACCGGCGACGCAGAUUAGAAGUUACCAAGAGAAGAGCCUCAGCAAGAUGUUUGGUAACGGACGAGCGAAGAGCGGCAUCAUCGUUUUACCGUGUGGUGCUGGCAAAACCCUUGUUGGUAUCACUGCUGCAUGCACUAUUAAAAAAGGAUGCAUUGUGCUUUGCACAAGUACGAUGUCAGCGCAUCAGUGGCGUCAAGAGUUCUUGAAAUGGUCGAACAUUCGGCCUGAAGACAUCGCAGUCUUCACCGCUGAUAGCAAGUCAAAGUUUCCCGGCAACACUGGUAUCAUUGUGACGACGUAUCCAAUGGUCACCCAAUCCGGCAAACGAGCCUACGACUCUCAAAAGAUGAUGGACUUCUUGACAGGACGAGAAUGGGGUCUGAUGCUACUCGACGAGGUUCACGUCGUCCCGGCGCAAAUCUUCCGAAAAGUGUCCCAUUCCAUCAAGAGUCACGCAAAGCUAGGGUUGACUGCAACACUACUAAGAGAAGACGACAAGAUUCAAGAUCUAAACUUUUUGAUUGGACCCAAGUUGUUUGAGGCGAACUGGAUGGAACUUUCAGAACAAGGCCAUAUUGCAAAAGUGCAAUGUGCCGAGGUGUGGUGCCCCAUGACGACCGAGUUCUAUGACGAGUAUCUGAGGACAACAGACCGCAGUCUCAAAGCCAACCUCUACGUGAUGAAUCCACGCAAAAUUCAAGCUUGCCAGUUCCUCAUAGAUUAUCAUGAACGACGUGGAGACAAGAUCAUCGUGUUCUCGGACAAUGUCUACGCUUUACAGGCUGUAGCUUUAGCUCUUAACAAAUCCUAUAUUUGUGGUGCAACAGGCAAUACCGAGCGUAUGCAAAUUCUGGACAAUUUCAUGCAUAACCCGGCUAUUAGAACUGUAUUUCUCUCGAAGAUUGGCGAUACGUCUUUAGACUUACCUGAAGCUACAUGCUUAAUACAGAUUUCGUCUCAUUAUGGAUCACGACGACAAGAAGCACAACGGCUAGGCCGAAUUCUUCGAGCGAAGCGAAGAUCAGACGAAGGCUUCAACGCAUUUUUUUACUCACUUGUGUCUAAAGACACGGCUGAAAUGUAUUAUUCUACAAAGAGACAGGCGUUUUUGGUAGACCAGGGCUAUUCAUUUAAGGUGAUCACACAAUUAGCGGGAAUGGAAAAAAUGGAAGGGUUGGCGUAUAAUACACCGCGGGAGCGACGUGAGCUGCUUCAGAAACUGCUCGUUGACGCGGAAAAGAAGCAAAGCGAACUUGCCGAAGAUACCGACGAUCUCUUCUACACAACAUCGAAAAAGAGGCGCGUCAGGCGUACAGCUGGCACGUUAGGCGAGCUUAGUGGAGGGCAGGACAUGGCGUAUGUCGAGCAAAAGAAGAGCAUGAAUAAGACGCUCAAGAAGAAGCCACAGCAGAAUGCAUUCUUCAAGAAGAUCCAGAGAGAGAAACAGAGGCUGAAGGAUCAGCGAUAAUGGAAAUACCUAGAUGUUUCAUGUAAACGGCCUGCGAAAGAGGGUCAUUAAGACAGCCGCCCAAUAAUUAAUCUUGAUUACGUCGUGCUCAAGACACUGGAUAUACAUAGUAUGUCUUAUCUAUGCUGAGGCGUUCCGCAAAACGCAACCAAUUGAUAGGUAGUCGGUGUAAAGCCUUGUGUAAACAAAUAUUUCACCGCUGAUAUUGUGUACCUGAUGCAUGGUUUCUUGAUAAAGACUACAGAGCCUCUGCAGGUAAAGUUGGUAUCAUG